AUGUCUCCCCUCCCAGAGCUCGUCAUUACCGAACCCUCCCAAGGGGAAAUUCUCAUGCCUGCUUUUCCCGGCCAUGUUGUUUCUGAGCCCAAGCCUAGCCCUGCUGACUACGAGGGCGGCCCUUAUAACCCCUUUAUCCCGGUCUGGCCUGAGGACCGCUGCAGGCUUAUGGUUUUUGGUGCCUAUGUGAUCGCCUCACUGCUCGGGGUUAUUACUUGCACCCAUCUGCUGGCGUUUUGGCUGAUGGGCCGGGUGAAUGUUGUGCGCCUGCGGAUGGGGCUAGCCCAUCUGCAGGGCUGGCUGUGGCUGGAGGAGGAGGAGCCCAUCGCUGCCGCCGGCCACCAGGGCCAAGAGGAAAAGGAGAAACUGAUGGGGGCUGAGCACGUUAAGUGUGUUAUCUGA